GAAAAGAAAAUCAAAUCAAAAGCAAUUCCAAUCCCACACUCACUCCGAAACCCAAACCCUAUUCCCUCAAAAUCCUUCGAUUUUCCCCAAUUCUUCACCAACAACCAUGGGAUCCUCAGCGAUGGUGCUAGACCCAAAACCCCUAUCGGAGCCACCACCGUCCCUUCAGUCAGCGAAAUCGGAUUACCUCUCCGGCGCCGACGCCGAUGAAGACGACCUCUACAGCCGCCUGAAGACGCUGCAGCGCCAGCUCGAGUUCAUCGAUAUCCAAGAGGAGUACGUGAAGGAGGAGCAGAAGAAUCUGAAGCGCGAGCUUCUCCGCGCGCAGGAGGAGGUCAAGAGGAUCCAAUCGGUUCCCCUUGUCAUCGGCCAGUUCAUGGAGAUGGUUGACACGAACAACGGCAUCGUUGGCUCCACAACGGGAUCCAACUACUACGUUCGGAUCCUCAGUACUAUUAACCGUGAGCUCCUCAAGCCUUCUGCCUCCGUCGCCCUCCACCGCCACUCCAACGCCCUCGUUGAUGUUCUCCCGCCGGAGGCUGAUUCCAGUAUCUCUUUGCUUAGCCAAUCUGAGAAGCCUGAUGUCACUUACAAUGACAUUGGAGGGUGUGAUAUUCAAAAGCAGGAAAUUCGUGAGGCUGUGGAGCUACCCCUUACACAUCACGAUCUAUACAAACAGAUUGGUAUUGAUCCUCCUCGUGGUGUUCUACUAUAUGGCCCCCCUGGCACGGGUAAAACAAUGCUUGCAAAAGCUGUGGCAAAUCAUACUACUGCGGCCUUCAUCAGGGUUGUGGGAUCUGAGUUUGUGCAGAAGUAUCUUGGUGAGGGUCCUAGAAUGGUUCGUGAUGUAUUUCGUCUUGCAAAGGAGAAUGCCCCUGCAAUUAUAUUUAUCGAUGAGGUUGAUGCGAUAGCUACUGCUAGAUUUGAUGCCCAAACUGGAGCUGAUAGAGAAGUACAGCGUAUCCUCAUGGAACUGUUGAAUCAGAUGGAUGGUUUUGACCAAACUGUGAAUGUUAAAGUCAUAAUGGCAACUAAUCGGGCUGACACUUUGGAUCCUGCACUUCUGCGUCCUGGAAGGCUUGAUCGGAAAAUUGAGUUCCCUUUACCUGAUAGGCGCCAAAAGAGGCUUGUAUUUCAGGUUUGCACUGCCAAAAUGAACUUGGGUGAUGAAGUAGACCUUGAGGAUUAUGUUUCUCGACCUGACAAAAUCAGUGCUGCUGAGAUACAAGCUAUUUGCCAAGAAGCAGGAAUGCACGCUGUUCGUAAGAAUAGAUAUGUCAUACUGCCAAAGGACUUUGAGAAGGGUUAUAGGACAAACGUGAAGAAGCCCGAUACUGACUUCGAAUUUUACAAGUGAUGAUGAGGGUUUCUUGCAUAGCUUUUUUAUUUGUGUGAUUAUGCGUGGGACUGGAGAAUGCAUGCAUAAAUCUAGUGUAAUUGUAGGCCAUACCGAUAUUUAUGAUUAUGAGAAAUGUUGCAACAUUUAUGAUUCUGGCAAACUUUUCAUCUUACUAUGUAAUGUACAUUAUUUGAUUUACCGAAUAGAUUAAUUGUGGCAGCUUAAUAUUGAGUA